UGGGCAUUGAGAUUGAUAGAGCGAGAGAUUCAAGGGGACUGAAUAGAUUUGGAGGGAAUCUGUAUUGUUGUAAGGAAGGAGGAGGAUAUGGAAGUGGGUACUACAGAUCGAAGCAGCGAGCUUGAGCUCUACACCAUUCCUGCUCAGUCCAGUUGGUUCUCAUGGGAUGAUAUACACGAAAUCGAAAGACGCGAGUUUGCUGAGUUCUUCUCUGAGAGAUCCAUCACUAGAACCCCAAAGGUUUACAAGGAGUACAGAGAUUUCAUCAUCAACAAGUACAGGGAAGACUCUUCUCGCAGGCUCACCUUCACCAGCAUCCGCAAGUACCUCGUCGGCGAUGUCAAUUUGCUCCGGAAAGUGUUUCUCUUUCUCGAAAACUGGGGUUUGAUCAAUCACCUCAGGAAAAGUGAUGAUGAGUACAUGGAGGAGAGUGUUACUGCUAAGGUCGAACAAGGUCCUCCCGCUGGGAUUCGUGUUACUGCUACUCCGGUUUCAGUGAGGCCUGUUCCCUCACCUCCCCUUGUUGAGCAGAGAGCUGAGCCUGCCCUCAAGUUUUCCCCACUCACCUCUUACUCAGAUGUUUUCACUGAUCUUAAGAAGAAGCCAUUGGUUUGUGGGCAUUGUGGAGAACCUCCUUGUGAUUCUGCUUUCUAUGAACAUACCAAGAGUAUUGUCACUUUAUGCGAAAAGUGUUUCAAGAAUGGAGACUAUGGGGAGAACAACUCCGCAGAUGAUUUCAAGUUGAUUGGGAGUUCUCCUGCAGCUGUCUGGACCGAGGAAGAGACCCUCCUCUUGCUGGAGUCUGUGCUCAAACAUGGAGACGAUUGGGAACUCAUUGCACAAAGUGUCUCUACAAAGACUAGACUUGAUUGCAUUUCCAAGCUCAUUGAGCUCCCGUUUGGAGAGUUUCUGAUGGGCUCUGCUUCUGGACGACUUAGAUCCUCUAUCCCCACCUCCGAGGAUGAAAACGUUUCGUCUCUAUCCAAUCCUGUAGAACAGAUGAAAACUGACGGUCAAGAACACAAGGAAACAGAGACGGGGGAAGAAAAGGAAGAUGAUCAUGUCGAUGAAGAUGAGCCUCCAGCAAAAAGGAAACGUGUUGCAAUGCUAUCAGAUGGUGAUAGUUCACUUAUGAAACAGGUCGCAGCAAUGGCAUGCAAAGUUGGUCCAUCUGUCACAACUGCUGCUGCAAAAGCUGCAAUUGCUGCUCUUUGUGAUGAAGCCUCUUGUCCAAAAGAUAUUUUCGAAACAACUGAUGAUUCUGCAAUUGAUAGAGCUGAUGGAGACAAAGAUACAUCAGAGAUGCAGGAACAGCGAGAAGACAAAGAGGGGACUCAGGAGGAUCUACCUGUAGCUUUGAGGAUGAGAGCGUCAGUGGCAACAGCUCUUGGAGCUGCAGCGGCUCACGCAAAGAUAUUGGCUGAUCAAGAAGAAAGAGAGAUGGAAGAGUUAGCUGCGAGUAUAAUAGACCAGCAGCUGAAGAAGAUGAAGAGCAAGUUGCAGUUUCUGGACCACUUGGAAUUGAUAAUGGAUGCAGAAGAACAAGUGAUGGAAGGUGUAAAGGAAACAAUUCUCCAAGACAGGAUUAGCAUUUUGCAAUGGGCGUUUCGGGGCGGUGUUACAAAACGUUGGGAUCAUACGUACGUGAAAUAAUAAUCAUUUGUUGGUACGGUAGGAGGAUGAUGGUUGAGUUUUAAAACGGAUGUGUUUGUGUUGACUUUUGUCCUUUGGAUGAUCUCUCAUAUUAAAAAUGUAGAAGGAAAGAAGGUUUAAUUGUCUUUGUGAGUUAUAGUAGGUGGUUGCAUUACAUACAUAUUUGUCUGACCAUUGAAUGGAUGCAUGGGUCUCUUCUAAAUUCAUAUGCUCAGUGUGAUGUCAGUAUAUAUUUUUUUUAACGUCU